UUGAUUUAUAUCUUGGCUACUACAGUUCGUAAAGCACAUAAAAUCAUCCAAGAUUUGUCACUGUUUCUCAGAUAGAGAAACAUGAAUAUUCCAAGUAAAAUAGGAAUUGCUGUAGCUUUAAUAGCAAUUCAUUGGUAUUAUUUUAAUGUUUGUUGUUAUAAAAAUUUACCAAAGAUCAUGGGAGGAUAUGCUGAUACUCAAUUCAAGCUUGUAGAAGAUACAUUUAGACAAAAUAUUGAUGAUGGAAUUGAGACUGGAGCUGCUUUUGCUGUCUUCUACAAAGGGAAGCCAGUGGUUGACUUAUGGGGUGGUUAUGCAGACAGAACUGUCCAGAUACCAUGGAGGAAUGAUACACUAACUGUUAUAUUUUCUGCAUCUAAAGGUGUUGCUGCUAUAUUGCUUGCAAAGUUUGUUGAAAAAGGUUACCUGGAUUACAAACAACGAGUUAGUCACUACUGGCCAGAAUUUGCUCAGAAUAAUAAGGAAGCAAUUACUGUGGAAAUGUUGGUGAAUCACCAGGCUGGUCUGAAUGCUUUUGAUAAGCCAUUGGAAUUAAGUUUGAUUUCUUCUGAUUAUGAACGUUUUAUUUCCAUCCUAGCUGCCCAAAAACCUAAUUGGAUUCCUGGUACACAAUCAGGUUAUCAUGCCUUUACUUUUGGCCUUUAUGUUGAUGUACUUUUAACAAAAGUAGAUCCCCUGAAACGUUCAAUAGAACAAAUCUAUCAAGAAGAAAUAAUGAUGCCUUUUGGUAUUGAUUUCUAUCAAGGGCUUCCUUAUUCAGAACACUAUCGCGCAGCGCCACAGGUUGUUGAUAAACAUUGGUGGGAAUAUCUAACUUCUUACCAAAACAUACUUAAUUUUAUUACUUUGAUAACAUUUACCAAUGAAAAUCUAAUGAAAACUAUAGAAACAUUAAGAUUUGGUCCACUUACUGACAGAGAAGUUAGGCGUUUGCCAUGUUCCAGUUUCAAUGGUUAUAGCACUGCCAGAGCAUUGGCUAAACUAUAUGGGAAUCUUGUCAAUACUGGUAACAACAAAGGAAAAGAUAUUUUGUCAAAACCUACUGUUGAACUUCUUGACAAAGUUUUAAUAAAUGGAACUGAUGCAGUUUUAAAAUUUGAAAUUGCUUGGAGUGUAGGAUUAAUGAAGAUUCCUGUACCAACGGGCAAAUAUGUGUUUGGACAUUUAGGAUAUGGAGGUCAGCUGGCAUUUGGAGACAAAGAGAAAAAUAUUGGAGUUGCUUAUAUUACAAACCAUUUAGAUCCUGUCUCUCUUCAGGAUGAUUAUAGAUGGAAAACUUUGUUAGAUGCCGUAUAUAAAUCACUUGAAGCAAUUUAAAAUUGAAUUCAAUUGAUUACAAUUUAUAGUUUCUUCCAUUUCUCACUCUUUUUCUCUGUGCAUAUGUAUACACACACAUGCAUAUGCACACACACACACACACACACACAUUACCAUGUUGGACCUCUGAACUCAACACGUUUUCUUUUCAUUCUCUCUCUAUUUCCUCUUAUUCUCCUCUGUCGAAGAGCGUAGGCUUGAAAUGUAAAAGACUUUUCGAUCUUUUCUGAGCAUCAAACUAAUACACUUUCUUGUUCCUA